AUGAGUGAAAAAGAAGAGCCUGAAAUUUCUUUGAAAAGUAGCAAAAAUAAGGCCAAAAUCUCGAAAUGUAUUACAUGGGACGAGGACACCAUCGCCAUGCAUGAUAUUGAGAGAGGAACCAGAAUGGAAAUUAAUGAGCCAGAUACUCCAUACUAUUAUGGUAGUUCAAACCCGUCCGAUGAUGAAGAGCCAUAUAUGCAACCAUCAACUAGGCAAAAAUCUGCGGUAGAUCUUAAUGAGCUUUCUUCAAGAUUAUUUGAAUACUCUAAUCAAAUUGACAAUUCUCCUGACUAUUUCCCAUCCUCUAAUAAUAAUGAUAAUGCGAAUUCCCCAACUCAUAAAUCAAAGCGAGAUCUUUUUAAGGAAAAAAGAAAAUUGCACUAUAAAGAGUUCAUUACUGCCAAAUCCCAAAUCUCCAAAGACAACAGUUCUCUUUCUGAUUUUGAUUCUGAUUCCGAGUCGUCCACUAAUUAUAAACCAAAGAGCUGA